AGUACAAAAAAAAAAAAUAUUCCUAAAGUAAUGAACUUAUAAAUUUAAAAUAUUACUAACCAGUGAACUGUUUUAUUAGAGUAUAAUAAUAUAAAAAUAAGUUAACGACAUUUCAAUGAAUUGGCCUGAUCGUUGUCAGCUCGUUAGUGCCCGUCGUCUGAAAGCUCGUUAACUUUCCAUUAAUCUUCAAUUUAUGGAGUAAAAUAGCUUAUCGGCUCGCUGCAAUUGCAAUCAAUGGCUCUGCGGUCUCGUGCCAACCCGGCUAGUGUCUAUAUGAAAUUAUUGGUCGUCCGCUAAUUAAUCUGACAAGAAAAAUAAAUGAAAAAAAUUUUUAAAGCUUGAGAAUGUAGAAGAAGGCGCGAAGAGAGAGAAAGAAAAAAUAGAGUUGAGGAAAAAUAAUUUAAAAUAAAAAAAUGAAAACAAAAGAGAGUAUAAAGGUGUUGCGCGUGCUCGAGACAGAGUCGAGAGGGUGCAGAUAGAGACAAGUAUCCCCACAAAACUUACGGAGGUCGCGUGCACGAUACAAUACUCAAGAAUGGAAAAAUUUUUCUCCCUGUUACCCACCGGAAUUCGCCUCCAGGCAUCUCUUCUUGGUUUUUUUUUCUUUAUUCCGUCAGACCAACCGGACGCUCGGUCGCUUGUGCAACUUUUCACUGUCUCCGGUAGAUGAUAAUAAACAGAUAUAUAAAAAACAAUAAUAGUUCAAGUAAAAUUAGAAGAAAUAUAACAAUAGAAUUUAUUUAUAUUUUUCUCGGAUCGUUGAUUAAAUUUUUUUUAGCCGUCAUGAAAGUUUGAUAUGUUGAUAAAUUUUUUUUCAAUAAAAUAUCGUUACGACGAGAAAAUUUUUCAGAUAUUUAUAUUUAGGAUUUUUUUGUCAAAUAAAACCUCAACGUAAUAUAAAUACAUGGGCUUUAUAUAUAUUAUAUUAUAAUCUAGUAUGCCCAGCUUUUUUUCCCUUUAAAAUUCUCAUUCGUUUAAAAGAAAAACGAAAAAGAAGUCACCAUUCAUUUAGUAAGUGCAAGAAGAAAAGUACCGUUGGUCCAUGUUAGAGCGAAAGAGGAAAAAGAACGAACUAAACUGUUCCUAAUGAAACCAUAAAAUUACACACUUCAAGUGCGAAAUGUUAAGGUUGUAAAGAAGAGUUAGUUGCAACAGAAAAAAAAAUUUUCCUUUUUACUACCUCCUUAUUUAUUUAUUUAUGUCUUUAAAAUUUAUAAGAUUUUAUUUCGCAAAAUUCUUCAUUGCGUACCAAAGAGCAAAAUCAGUACAUUUGAACCCACAGAUUGGAAUCAUACUAGCUUUAUUUGGUAUGCUCAUUGAUGAUGUAUUACUGUACAUGUAUUACAUCAUGAGAAAAUGUUCUACUUUCCUCCCGUUAAAUAAAGAAGCGAUUAACGUUUUUUGCACAGGCGUACAGCGAAGAGGUCAAUUUUCAUCAAACCUGCACGGAAAGCUUGAACUUCGACUCCGUUGAGUGGGAGCAAAGUUUUAAUUUUUUGCUAAAAGAAAAUAAAUCAUGAAUAUACGCAUGCGUCAAUUUUCCUUAAAUAAAUAGCAUAUUAUACACCAAGGGAGGAAAGUAGGGUAUUCCAACCGGCGUAUAUUAUUGUGGCAAACACGCGGAUUGGCAUGUAUACUAUUUUUCACCAGGUCUGCACCUACACAGUAAUAGUACAUUACACACCUAGGGAGAAAGAUUCGAUCCGCGUGUGUAUUUGCCUACCUGAGCAGAAGGCAAGGGUGGCAAACACGUGGCUGGGGACGUGGUAUGUAUACGAAUUUUAACCCGAUCUACACCUGACAGCUUAAAUUUUUGUCUCUGUUUAAGGUAAGAAUGACGCAUGUGCUAAUUUUUAUCAUAUUUUUUCUCAUGAAGGAAAAGAAUGACUUUUUUCCCUUUAAGAGGAUUUGCCAUCUAUUCUCUUUCUCACACACAUGUGAACAAACGAAACGGUCCUGGUUGCACUUACACUAGCAAAUGGAAAUUUCAAAUAAGCCGUUCUCAGAUAUGAACUGAAAUUGACGAACCGGAAGCAUUUCAUUCGAUAAAUAAUAACUUUACGCAUCGAAUGACAUAUUUUAUUUCAUUAUUUAGGCCUUUAUCUGUGAAAACGGUUCAUUUGAAAAUCACCUGUUUCACUUUCUUAAACAGGGCAGGAAUUCAAACUUUCACCGCAGAUAUGGUGAAAAAUUAAUUUUUGAGCUGCAAAGCUUUUAUAUUAUUUUCUUUUUGUAUUAUUCGCUUUAAAACAUUUCAUCAUUAUACUUUGAAUCGUUUCUAUAAUAUUUAUCCAAAGCUAUAUUAUAAAAAGUACUUUGCACCAUAAAAAAUAAUUUCUACUAUAAAAAUCUGAUGCAAUCCAACAUUGAUCUACUUUGAUAUUCAUAUAAAACAUUCAAGCUAGAGUUUCAUCUUUGAUGUGUUUUCAUUGGUCUGUUAGUACGUUUGUGCAAACGUAAAUCCAAUAAAAUCUCAAGUUUGUUAUGAAUCAACUUGAUUCCUUUUACACUAGCUUUAAUAAAUAUCUCUAAAGUAAAACUGCGUUGAAAACCGCUAUUUAAAUUCCUCUUAUUCAAAUAAUAAUUAUUUAUUAAUUUUACGUUUUAAAUUAAAUACUUCAUAAAUUUAAAUAUUAUUUUUAUUAUGACAUAAACAUUUAGUCUUAUGAAACUGUUGCAUAUUCAAUAGAUUUUCACAUACUAAAACUAUUGCACACCUUAAGCACGAAGCGUUAAAUUUACUCUAUCGAGUCUCGGUCAAUAAUUUUUUACUGUUUUGCUCACUUUUACUUGUUUUCAUACUUUAUAUUGUUUACGUAAACAGUAUGAAAAGCACACUAUUACCGUAACAAAACUUCUUAAUAGACACAUUCUACACAAUUUGAGGUUCAUUCGAUCGGAUAUUCGUAGAAUAAAAUGUAAAUUAAUUUUCAAUAACUGAACCAGUUGUGUUGGUUCGACUGUACGUAAACACAUCUUCAAUAGAAAAAAAAAAAAAAGAUUGGAUUGACCUCAUACUUUUUCCAAUAGCUUUAAAUUUCUAUAGAAUAGAGCUCUGUUGAAAAUUACCAAUAAAAUCCUUUUUUUUUUUGUAAUUGUAAUAAAUGAGUUAAGCACAAAACUGAUAGUUUCAUAUCUUUUGAAUCCAUUUGUGUAUGUAUCAUCAAAUACUACUAACGACAAUAUAUAAAAUGUAUCAACAAAGAAAAAGUUGACGAAUAUCCAACAGUUGAUGACACUGAAAUUUUUUGUUUUCAUUGAGUGCAAUACAAAUAAAUGGAAACAGUAGAGAUAUUUUAUAUGAAACCUCGAAUAUAAAUGAGUGAAACUGAGGUAAAAAAUGAUCAUUUCAAAAAAAGUUUGAGGAAGCCCGGCCCAAAAAUAAAACUUGAUUUAGACUUGGUUUACUAAGUCGAAAUUUUGAGCCGUUUUCCAAAGACAAACUCGACUUUUUUUUACAAAGAUAUGAGAUACACUGAGUUUUCGCCUUGGUUUAGACUUAACUGGCUUACUUAGUCACAAUUCAAGACGAAAAAGUCGAAAUUGACUUGGUUUAGACUUCGUUGACUUGAAUUAUAAGGCGAAAAAGUUGAAACUAAGGUGAAACGUGAAAAACACAUUUUGAUUUGGUUGAUGAAGUCUAAAGCGACUGUCGUACUAAGAUGAAAAAAGCUGUAAAAGUUGUCAAAAUUUUAAGUCGAAAAAGUCAACAUCUUAUCGGAAAACCGUCGGCAAAUCGAUAACUUCAAAAGAAGAUUAAGGUGAAGCGAACCUCAAUCAAGUUUUAUUUUUGACCCGGGAGAUAUUAUAAUUUACUUGAAUGGAAUUAAAAAAAUUUGACAUUGUGAUGCUUUAUAAAAUUUAAUUUUUAUUUUAUUGCUGCAUGAACUUUUGAGUUGAGCUGUGUAUUUUUGAAUUUUUCAGAUUUUUUUAGAUGACUAUGAAUUUUUUUCUUAAAUAACAAAGCUUAAAAGAAAAUAUCGUAAUAGUUCUGUGUUUAUUUUCAGUUAACCCUUUGUUGGUCGCGCUAUGAGCAAAUCGCCUGCUAACAACUACUCAACCUAUAGAGAUUCGCUACAGUGCGAGUGAGAAACUAAAGAAGACGCGACCAACGAAGGGUUAAGUAAUUCUUAAAAUUGAGAUGCUUUCAAAGUAUUCUGAGAACAUGAAGAACAUGAAAAAGUACAAAAGAUAUAAAAAACUAUCAAAGAUUAUUCUGCAAGAACGCUAUGCUGAACUAGAAAAGCCUUUCUGUAUUUGACAUUUGUUACUAUAAGAUCGCUGAGUUUGAGGUUUAGCAUAUGAAGAGCACCGUAGGCUGUACUAUGUACACUCCACAAGAUAAGAUACAUCUGCAUAGAACAACGUCUAUACAAUCAACUCUAUAUGCCCUGGAAUUACUCUCAACGACCAUAUGAAGUACGCAGUAUCACUCAAAUUUAAUUCAGUUCUCAAGAUAAUUACUUAAGUUAAAAAGUCAUACAUCUAAAUUGUACAUUAUUAAAUAACAUAAAGUCAUUUUAUAAAAUGGCUUCCGGUAUAAAUUAUUUGACAAUUAAAUUAAUAAUAAUCCUGAUAAUAAAUCUUGCAUCAAACGCUACGAAUGCCUUCGAUCCGUAUGACGAUUUGAUGAUAAGUCCUAAUACUCUCGAUAUCCAUGCAGAACGUUCCGAUGAAAAUGAUGUAGACGUAACAGGAGAAACAGAUGUAUACAGAGCAACUAAGACUUAUAAUUAUUACAACAAUUUUUACAACACCCGCGAUAACACAUUCGUUUUAAAUAUACUACUAAUUCUUGAUAAUCCCGUCGGAAAUGAACAACUCAACGAAACCCGUUACACCGAUAACGUCUUAAGUGAUUUUCAUUUCGCGGCUAGAAGUUUUAAUAAAUUAGACAAUCCUAAAAUAAAAUUACAUAUUUCCGGAGUUGUUAAAAUGAAGGAUUUAAAUACUGAGGUUUUUACAAUAAAGCGCGAAACAUCCCUUGGAGUUCUCGAGUGUUAUGGUACUGAAUCAGCACAUAGUAUUUUGAGUCAGUGGUUUUUUGAAAGUUUAGCAAAACUUGCCAAGAUUGACUAUGACAUGUUCAUUUUUGUAUCAAAUAAACGUUUAUGUCCUCAAAAUAAUGGAUUAUCGGAUGGGCCUGUGGAUUAUCUUGGUAGAAAGCACGAAUGUGAAAACUUAAAGCCGGUUAGAAUACCGAUUCAGUUCCACCAAAUGUAUCGACAACAGCGUAAAAUACUCCUUAAAAUGAAACAAUUAUGUGAUACAUAUAAUGGAUCAUUGGACGGGCCUGCAUAUUACAUUCCGAAAAAUAUAGAUUGCAUAAACAAAGGUACUUCGGGUUAUCCAUCGGGCGGACUUCUUUAUUAUGGCAAUUUGAAUGCAAAAUUGCAUGUUACACAGAUGAUCGCUGAAAAAUUUGGUGUUAGAAAUGACUCCUAUAAUGGAUGCGCAAGUGGUCCCGACAAUCGAUCGUAUAUGAAUCUUGAAAAUGAUAGUCAGGAUUCAUCAUGGCUCCGUAGUUGGUCUGAAUGUUCAAAAGCCGAUUUCGCGAAAAUCAUUGACGACGAAAAAUAUGAAUGCUAUAAAAUGCCAACAGUUGAUGAUGUCGGGGAAAAUAAUGAAACUGGCUACCAAAACUUGAUACUGGGACCCAACACUUACGUUCAUAAAAUUGAUUUUCCACACGAUAAUUAUGUGAGAGUUAAUUCUUACUCGAACAUAUUUAAGGCAACGCCGACCUAUAAUUAUUACAGAAAUUCAAGUGUCGACCUCAGUAAAAAAUAUGUUAUAAAUUUAUUAUUAAUUCAUGACUGGAGGUUAAAUGAAAUAAAUGGGAACUCAGAUACUCUCCGUGAUUCCAUACUAAAGAAACUAAAUAUAGUCGCUGAAAAUUUAAAUAAGUUAGAACAUAUUGAAAUAAAGCUGCGUAUUUCCGGAAUAGUUUUACCACAGCGUUCCGAUAUUUUCGAUUUACCGGAAACACAGAAAAUGCCUCUAUGGGAAACAUCCUGUUAUCAUUUCAGUGAAAGCUUAGACUACCUGAGCAAUUGGUUACUAGAAUAUAAAGACCGAUUUGAAGAUCUCUCAUACGACUUUUUUCUCUUCGUGACCGGCCGACCUAUUUGCGACCAGAGCAAUGGAAGAAAAUUCGAAGGUGGCGCAAUAUUAAUAAAUGACUGCAAUUCUCCUUUUACGUCAGUUAAGUCUGGUGGACUCGUUCAAUAUGACCGAUUAUUAAGCUUGCAUGUUACACGAAUGAUCGCCGUAAGAUUCAAUAUCAGCAAAGAUGAUGUACCCAACUGCGGAUCAGGCCAUAUAAUGGAUUAUGGUGGAAUAGAAACUUGCGUGACCGCGAUAAAUCCUCGGUCGUGGUCAAAUUGUUCUCAAUUAGGAUUCGAGUCAAUAUUCAGCUCACCUGCAUAUUCUUGUAAUCAAAUGCCAGCUUUCAAGCCAGAUGAUGAAGAAGAAGAAGAUUAUGAGUAGUCCUACAACUCAAUGUUUAUUUACUUCAUGAAAUACAUACUUUUUAAAUUAAUAAUAUUAUAAUGCACAUAUUUGUUAAAAAUUUUUUUUUUUGUUUUUACGAAUAUAUAAUGUAAUUUACAAUAUAUUAAUUUCAUUUUACAUCAAACUAACACUAAAACUUAUACUUUAUAUUUAAUUGUACAAUUGUUUAUCUAUAAAUAUAAAUAGCCAUUAUAAAAUUGGAAUAUGUGAUGAUGGAUAGAUUAAAAGCCGAGAAUAAAACAAUAUAAUAA